AUGUCAGACAAUUUUAGGAUCUUAAGCGAUAUCUCGCCUGUUUUUCGACCAUAUAUUCAAAGUAUUUAUCAGGAUUUAAAGCUUGGACUAUGUAAGACAAAAAUUGAUUUAGAGAGAAUAUCUGGAGGUAUAGAUUCAGUUGAAACACAGCUUCGUUUAGUGCUCCCUUAUUGUUCAAAGAAAUUAAAAUGGGAGGUUAUAUUUGAUUCCUCAACCCCAUGGUUUGCCCCAGAUUUUAGGUUUGAUGAUGAUAAUUUUCUAUCAAAUGCUGAUGAAGAAUUGCUAAAUAAGGAAGUUCCAAGUCUUUGUCAAUGGAAUUCAAGUGACCCAAAAGCUUUAUGUGGAGCUAUAUCUGAACUUAUUAAUUUGUAUAAAAUUUACCAGGUUAGGAAGCUAAAUGAAGAUGAUAGUUCUCGAGCAGCUUUUGAAUACAGUGCUUUAUUAGGCAAUGCAUUAACUACUGAAGAAGAUGUGGAAGUAUGGGUGGGUGCACACAUUGUAGAGUUUCUAAUCAAACUAAAAGUUAAUACAACAAAGUUACCUGAAUUAUUCAAUGAAAGCUUAGACAUAAAUCCUGGUAUAGAUACAGCACUACUACUAGUAAGAUAUCCAAACUCUACAAAUGCGGAACUGAUUCUUUCACCCUUUCUGUCUAAAGUUCUUGGAAACAUUACAUUACCCCUGAUGCAUCAAAGCGGAGUGCUUAUGGAUUAUGUACCAAUGGUCACCAAUCUUUUAAAUAAUAAGAUUCAGGAUAUAAUAAACAAUGACAGAGUUAAACGUGAAUUGUUAGCUCAACUAAUAAUUAAGUAUGAAGGUGCAAUAUUAGAGCAUGAUGGGACAAGUGCGGCAUUGCUGUUUCAAACAAAUGAUUUUCAUUGGAUACUGCAGAUUGAUAUUGAUGCAAAUUUUCCAGAAAAGCCUCCAGUUUUAACACUCCGCUCUGUAUAUCACAGCUCAAAAGGAAAGCCAAAAUUUAAAGUUUUGUCAAAUUGUCCACACAAUAACUUUGAAGCAUACAUCGAACAGCAAGUUGAAAUAUUUAAGAAUGAAUGUAAAGGAGUAACUGCAAGCCAUCCUGUUGGUAUUAUUGAUAAUUAA